AUUAAAGUUAUACAUCCAUAGUGGGGCGUUUGGUGAUUGAUGUAGCGAGGGGUGGAAAAGAACUCGUAAAUUCUUGUCAGGUGUUCGUGCAAGAACCAACAUGUGUUACAUCCGCCAGCGAGAGAGGAUCUAGGGGUGAAACCGAACAUAUAGAUUCUGAAGAUGUCACCCUGAAUUCCCGCCAGAAAAUGAAUACAACAGCCUACUUGAACUUUUCGACCGCCGUCCCCGACGGCUACGGUCAACCCCCAAGCCUAACAAUGAUCCAAUGGAUACAGAUAUUCAUAUUCGCAGUGGUGUGCAUAGUUGGCCUGGUGGGUAACACACUGGUCAUCUACGUGGUCGUCAGGUUCUCCAAAAUGCAGACGGUGACCAACAUGUACAUCGUCAAUUUGGCGAUAGCAGACGAGUGCUUCCUUAUCGGCAUCCCCUUUCUGCUGGUCACCAUGAUAAACAGGGGAUGGAUAUUCGGGAAGUUCGCCUGCAAGGCCUACAUGAUCUCCACGAGCAUCAACCAGUUCACCAGCUCCUUGUUGCUCAGCAUCAUGAGCGGAGACCGUUACAUCGCAGUGUGCCAUCCUAUCUCAUCUACGAGAUGGCGGACGCCCACGAUAUCCGGCACGGUCUCGGUGCUGGCCUGGACCUUCAGCAUCCUGUUGAUGCUGCCCAUAAUUCAGCACGCGACCAUCUUCCACCACACGAACACGGUGUCUUGCGUCAUCAACUGGGAUUCUGAGGUGCAGAAUGAGUCCUAUGUCAACCGCACAUUGCAAGGUGAAUCUGAGGGUCCAAAGGGUGGAGAGAUGUUCAUAAUUUAUACCUUCUUCUGCAGCUUCGCCAUACCGCUUGUAAUGACCGGCGUGUUCUACUGCCUCGUCGUCAAAAAAUUGGAAACUGUAGGACCUAAGAAUAAAUCGAAGGAGAAGAAGAAGUCGCACAGGAAGGUGACGAGACUUGUUCUCACGGUGGUGGCGGUCUACGUCUGCUGCUGGCUCCCCUACUGGGUGAUGCAGCUGACCAGUUUGGCCCAAUCGAACAACGGAAAUGAUAACUUCUUCAUCACUCUUCAUUUGUUAGUUGGCUGCCUGAGCUACUCGAACUCGGCAAUGAACCCAAUAUUGUACGCCUUCUUGAGCGACAACUUCAAGAAAAGCUUCUUGAAGGCAUGUACUUGCGUUGCUGGGAGGGAAAUCAAUGCUACUCUCCAUUUAGAGAACAGUGUCUUUCCCAGAAAGAACAAACAAGGAUCCGCUCGAUUCAGUUUUUCUUCAAGACCUACUAGGGCAACGUCUAUAAACCCAAACAACGAAGAAGAGAAUGAUGUGGGACUGUUGGUGAGUAAAGGAGACGCAUCAACCUCAGCUAUGACGAUGACUUCAAGAACAAACAUCGCCUCUAUCGAGGACAACAACGUUAAGUGUAGAAACGGGACGACUUCACUAAUAGUACCGCCAACUACACUAUAGUGGGUUUAAAGUGUAUUUCCAGGUCAAUUGUGGACAAUUUUCUCGUGUGAAAUUCAUCUAUAUUUGUUCCCUGAAGAAUUAACGCUGGGAAAAUAACGUGUACCUUUUUGUAAUUUUGGAUUUCGUAAUGGAGAAAAUAUUUGUAUAAAUGAUAUAAAACAGGGUAUUUUAAAUAAUGUCCAAGUGAAGGUAGAAAUUUUUGUCAAGAUAUGUGAUGUAUCUUAAGUAUCAUUUUAUCUUCCCAUAGGUCUAGAACCCUUCAUCAUAUUUAUUUCAAACACUGAUAAUUGUAAAAAAAAAUAAUCAUUGCUCUAUCCCUUUAGAGAGAAACUAGUUGCGUUUGAAAUUGAAUUACAUCAAGUCCCCAUAGAAAUUUUUCUGGUGAUGUUUCGACCUAAUCAUAUCACAAAGAAUACAUUCAACAUUUUUUUUGUCCACAUUUCUUUUAUGUUAAAAGUAAAAGCGUUACACUGAGCAUGUGAAUGAUUCUAAGUGUAUUCUCAAUUUUUUUCAAUUAAUUCGAGCUGGAUCAUGUUUUCAAGAGAUGUUUGAGUGUGCAAGUUGAUGUAAUAGAAAUUAUAAUCUUCAUCUGGAAAAUUUUGUUUGAGCCCAACAAAAUAUUUCAGAUCAAAGAAUUCACUUAUUUUUUCACAAUGAAAACGACUUUCGAUUGUGAA